UCUCAUCCCAACCCCACCCAUUCCGCCCCAGCCCAUCGCCAUGGCCGACGCCGUGACCAUCGCCAAGAGCUUUGUCGACUACUACUAUUCGACCUUUGACCGAAACCGGGCCGAAUUGCAUACCCUCUACAAAGACAUCUCCAUGAUGACCUUUGAGGGAAAUCAAGUCCAGGGCACCAAAGCCAUCGUCGAAAAGCUGGCGGGACUGCCCUUCCGACGUGUCCAGCACCAGGUCUCAACCAUCGAUGCCCAACCCGCAAACCCCUCCAUCCCCACCAUCCUCGUCACCGUGACGGGCCAACUCCUGGUCGACGAGGAGCAGAAUCCGCAAAAGUUCACCCAGACCUUCCAGCUGGUCCCUGAAGGAUCGAACUACUUUGUCUAUAACGAUGUCUUCAGACUGGUGUACAUGUAAAAGGGUGCCUCGAUGAGGAUGGCCUGAAGCGGCGAGUCCCCCUUUGCCUUCGCCACUGCUGGCUGGGCCUCACCGGGCCUCGCUGGGCCUCGCUGGUGUGCCUCGGCUGCCCCAGACGCCAGAGGGGGGAUUGUAUUGCAGUUUCUCGCUGAAUAUACAGCGUGUUGACGAAAAGAU